AUGUCUUCCCAAGCCGUGGCUGCAGCUUCAAGCUCAGCAGAUACGUCGUCCAGCUAUCCAGACAGGAUCAUAAUUGAGCAGCUGUCUCUGCGCGCACAAGUCGGCGUAGAUGCGUGGGGACGACGCAAGUUUCAGCCGCUCUUGUUAGAUGUGAGCGUGCACACGGACGUGAGCUCGGCGGGUAGGACAGAUCAUCUGCCUUUCUCCAUCCACUAUGGCAUUCUGGUCAAGGAGCUGGAGACUUUUACUGAUGGCAAAGCUUUCGCGAGCGUCGAUUCACUAAUUGAAGAGCUUGCGAAGGUGUGCAUCUUCAUCUGCAAGGCUCCAAGAGUGACACUGACCCUGGAAAAGCCUAGAGCUUUGCUACAUGCCGCGGCUGCGGGACUGACGAUAUCUCGCACUGCGGCAGACUAUGCAGCUCCCAAAUCAAGUCCUAACGCCUCGCAAGUCUCCGCUGCGGAGCUUUUCACUUGGCCAGCUGAUAAGGAUCAGCAGGCAUCUUCUCGCUUACGUCACUCGAUGACGCUCUUAGAUUGUCGAGACACAUCAGGCUGGCAAGACAGCAUCGUCAUAAGGAGACUAAACAUCUCAACCAUCCUAGGCGUCAAUGCAUGGGAGAGAGUGGACAGGCAGGUUGUCACCUUUGACCUGGACGUCAAGCUCGCGACCAGGGCUGAUAGAUUGACGCGCCAUCAAACAAUGGCGCCAGUGGACCAUCGCACUCUAGUGGACGCUGUCAGUAAAUACGUGGAAAAGAGCGACUUUCAGACUGUGGAAAGCUUGGCGACGGAAGUGGCUCGCGUCGUCGUCGUGCAGCUCGGCUAUCGCCGAGCUCGUGUGAGAGUCGGCAAGCCGAGCGCAAUCACUUUUGCUGAAGCCGCGGGGAUAGAGGUGGAUCGAGAUCAGGAGUUUUUUGCACAUGAAGCAAAGCUUGCAGGGCCUCGGGCUGAAGCAUCUAGCAGCAACGUAGAAUCCAACACUGCACAGGGUAGUGCUAAUGAUGUCGCAGGCUCGGAGCCUUCUCCUGCCGAGACACUCCUCUCGGCGUCACAUCACACGCGGAUGUCAGUGGCAGCUUCCACCGAGAAUGCAGGCGGCGCGGGGCCUAGCAAAUUGGAGCUGGUCGACAAUUCUGUGCCCAUUACGCCCAGAGGAGCAGAAUCUGUUGCUUCUGAUGAAAGAUGGCACAUGGUCGCAAUUUCUUUGGGCUCUAAUCUCGGCAAUCGAGCUCUGAACAUUCACAAGGCGAUCAUGGAGCUGGCGAAAACGUCGCCAGACUGCAAAGUCAUUGACACCAGCUUUCUCUACGAGACGAAACCCUUGUACUUUGCGGAACAACCGCGCUUCCUGAACGCAGCUUGCCGCGUCGCCACGCGCUUUGGUCCCCACCAACUUCUGCAAUUUACUCAAAGUAUUGAGACAAAUUUGGGCAGAGACAAGACCGGGGUGCCUCUGAAGGGCCCCCGGGUCGUUGACCUCGAUUUGGUCUGCUACGACGAGCUGAUCCUUGACAGCGCCAACCUCAAAUUACCACACCCUGGCGUAGAGGAGCGGGAAUUCGUUUUGCGACCCCUUGCGGAUAUCUUGCCAGAGUACAGGCUACCGACUACCUCUCGCACGAUCAGGCAGACCCUGAAUCUGUUGCUCAAGGCGGUCGAUUACGGCGGGCACGGCGAUGUGGUCAGAGUGCUGCCUUUGCCACCACCCUCCGGCAAGUCGUCUUCAGGCGCACCUUCACAGCUUGAGUGGGAAGCCAAGACGUAUGUCAUGGGAAUCCUGAACGCCACUCCAGACUCAUUCUCCGACGGCGGCUCUCACCUUGCUGUUCAGUCAGCCCUCGCUGCAGCGCAAAAGAUGGUUGAGCACGGAGCAGACAUUUUGGACAUUGGCGGUCAGAGCACUGCUCCGCAAGCUGCCGAAAUCAGCGCACAAGAAGAGAAGGAUAGGGUUCUACCUAUCAUUUCGGCAAUCAGGCGAGAUGGCAUAGCACAGCCAAUCUCAAUCGACACUUUCAGAGCUGACGUAGCAUCCGCUGCGCUUGAUAAUGGUGCACAAAUCAUCAACGACGUUUCGGGCGGCAUGCGGGAUCCGGCGAUGCUCAAACUGGCCGCUGAUCGAGGCGUUCCCAUCAUACUGAUGCAUAUGAGAGGAGACAGCAAAACGAUGCACCAGAACACGAAGUACGAGAACGAAAAUGUCACGCAAGGUGUCAUCAAGGAGCUUUCACAGCGUGUUGAUGCAGCUCUGAGGGCUGGCGUACCUCGAUGGAACAUCAUCGCUGAUCCUGGCAUCGGCUUUGCCAAGGACAAGGACGGUAAUGUGGCGCUGCUGAGGGAGCUUCAUCGGCUCACGGCCCACGAUCAACAAGUGGUUCCGAAGCGAGACCAGCCGUCAAAUCGAGCGCGGACGUUGCAAGGACGUCAAGAUGCCGCGAGUGAAGAUCUUUUCUCACCGAACGCUUCGCUCGCAGAUUUGCCAGUACUCGUUGGAGCUUCUCGCAAACGCUUCUUAGGCACGAUCACGGGUCAGACAGACCCAAAGGAUCGAGCAUUUGCAACGGCGGCUGUCUGCACAGCUGCUAUCGCAGCAGGAGCUGACAUUAUCCGCGUGCACGACGUCAAAGAAAUGGUAGACGUUGCAAAGACCGCCGAUGCGAUCUUCAGGAACCCUCAGCCUAAGAGUCGUAGCAAAUCGUAA